UGCUACAUUAGUUUUCUUUUUAGGCUAUUUCAUCUGGUGAUCCUGCCAAACAAGCUGUCCUGCAGAUGUAGCAGUUAGAUGGUUUAGACAAACCAUUUAACCAGGGGCGGACUGACAAUUCAUGGGGUCCCCGGAAAAUAGGGGAUCAUGGGGCCCCUGUGUCCUUGCCCACACUCAAACCACACCCAAAAAAGCCUAUGAAAGGUACCAGGGGCAGCUCAUGGGGCCCCCUACUGACCCCGGGCCCUUGGUGGCGCUG